AUGGCGCAGAACGCCCAACGCCUUGUACGACGACGACGCGAUCUUUUGCCCCGAGGUGCCCGUUGCGAAACGGGGUUGAAACCCCUUCGCACUUUCGGUUUUUCUCCGAGCGAAGCCUUUGGAAUGAGAGGAUUUUGGCGCCCGUUGUCCAAGGCCAUCGCACUUGAUGGGACCGUAACGCGCUCGCACCCACUACGUUUUGGGACGAGGUGGUCGUCCACCACCCGGGAGUUUCUGCACGACUCUAACGGUUCACUCGCCUCUCGCGUUGGGAACAAAAUGGAUGCCCACCGCCCGGACAUUGACCGCGCGAGGGAGCAAAUUCACGAAACGACGCAGAAGGCUGACUCGUAUUUGACGGAGUUGACGAAGCGAGUGGAUGAGUACGAGCAGAAGCACUCGGACAUGGAACCCGCGACGCAGUACCUCAAGUCGGCGUUGGAUGCUUCGCGUUCUGCGACGCAGAAGCUGAAGACCCAGGGCCAGGACUUGUCGGAACGGACUGUGCCCGUGGCCUUGGACGGCAUGCAAGGCGUGCGGGAAUCGCUGGAUGAGUUGCAGAAGCAAGCGGUGGCGUACGAUGACAAGUAUGCGGGAUCUACCGGCCAGCACGCCAUGGAAACGCUGCAUCACUAUGUGAAUUCGGGUCGCCAAGCAGCGACGGACGCACUGGAGACGACCACGGGUCAAUUGACGAAGCUGCGCGACACGAUUGGCAACAUGGCGGGACAGGCGACGCACGGGGCCCAAGUUGCAGUGGGGGAGGCGGUGCGUGUCGCCGAGUUUGGCGACGAGAAGUUGGGCGUGACCAGCAUGGGCAGUGGCGUCGUGCAGAAGGUGCGCGACUUGGACGCUCGACUGGGGGUGACGGCCGUGGCAGCCAGGGUGGACAACACUGUGACUGGCGGACUUGGCAGCAAAGUGGCGUCGACGACCGUAGGCAUUGUCUCGGAGAGCGUGAAUUACAUUACGGAGACGCUGCACAAUGCGAAGCUCGCAGCGGAGCAGUCGGACACGGCCCAAGGUGUCGAAGCGAAGGGGGCCGAGGUCACUGAGGCCGCAACAAAGAAGAAGGAUGAAAUGAAGGCGACCUUCAACGAGUCGGUCGAACAUGGCAAGGCGAAGGCUGGGAUGGCCACGUCUAAAGCGGAAGAGAAGGCUGGUCAAGCCAGAGACAUGGCACAGGAUAAGGCUGGCCAGGCGAAAGAGAAAGCUGGUGAGAUGAAGGACAUGGCUGCGGAGAAGGCGGGCCAAGCCAAGGACAUGGCACAAGACAAGGCUGGUCACGCAAAAGACAAAGCUGGUGAGAUGAAGGACAUGGCCGCGGAGAAGGCAGGUCAAGCCAAGGACAUGGCACAAGACAAGGCUGGUCAGGCAAAAGACAAAGCCGGUGAGAUGAAGGACAUGGCCGCGGAGAAGGCGGGCCAAGCCAAGGACAUGGCUCAAGACAAGGCUGGUCAGGCAAAAGACAAAGCUGGUGACAUGAAGGACAUGACCGCGGAGAAGGCGGGCCAAGCUAAGGAUAUGGCUAAAGACAAGGCUGGUCAGGCGAAAGACAUGGCACAAGACAAGGCUGGUCAGGCGAAAGACAAGGCUGGUCAGGCUAAGGACAUGGCGCAAGAGAAGGCUGGCCAAGCGAAGGAGACGACAAAAGACAAGGCGGGUCAGGCCAAGGACAUGGCUCAAGACAAGGCAGGCCAAGCCAAGGAGACGGCGAAAGACAAGGCUGCGUCCGCUCAGCAUAAAAUGUCGGAGAGUGCUGAUCAGGCCAAGGAUAAAGCGGGUGCGGCAAAGGAGCAAACGAAGGCGAAGGGCGGCGAUGCAAAAGAGCAGUCGGAGGGCAUUGCUGGGAAAGUUGUCGAUAUGGCCAAGAAUGCGAAGGACCAGGUGAAGGAGCGGAUCGGAUCGGCUGUUGAUACUGUCACAAACUUGGGAACUGUGGCGGAGGCGAAGGUGAUGAAACCGAAGGAGCCAACAACCACUCAGGAGGAGACCAUGACUGAGAAGGGCUUAGAAGGGCUGAAGCAGUCGCGUGCAAAAGAGUCGGAGGCUGCGAAGACUGCAUCCGGCACAGCGCGCAAGGAGCUCGAGGGCAAGCAGAAUUCGGCGAUGAAGAACAAGUGA